AUGUAACAAUAGUCAAGCGUAUUUUUUUAGUGUCAGCGCUUUAUUCCUGAAUUAAGUGAACCUAUAGGUUUGUUUGAGUUUACAAAUUAGGAUGUGCAAAAGAAAUUACUUUCAGAUGAAUUAUAAGGUUCUUUUAAUCAGAAUUCAGAUCACAAACCCAAAAAAAGUCUAUAAAAUGACAAGAAUAGUUAAUCCAUAUAAAUCAAAUUGGGCUAAUACUUUGCUAAAUAAACAUUACAAGGUAGAAGUUACAUGUUAAGGAAACAAAUGGGUAAUAAAGAAAGCAACGGAUGA